AUGGAUUUUACCUGCAAGACUGACCUAGUUGUGAACAACAUCGGUGAGGUGUUUAACAAAAUGAUCCUAGAUGUUAGAGGGAAGCCAAUAAAGACCAUGCUGGAAGGAAUUAGGACUAAAUUGAUGGUCAAAUUUAACACCAAUAGAACUAAGACAAAGACAGCAAAUUGGGAGAUUUUCCCAACAUAUGCAGAGAUGUUAGAGGAGGCAAAGUACAACUCAAGGUGGUGCCAAUCUUUGAUGGCUGGUCCUAACAUUUACCAAGUUAGUAGUGGAGAUAACACCUACUCAGUGAACUUGCUACACAGAACAUGUGGAUGUAGGAAGUGGGAUAUGACUGCUAAGCCUUGCAACCAUGCAGUCUCUGCAAUUGUGAAAGCUAAGUUGCAACCUGAAGACUUUGUUGAUGAUUUCUUUAAGAAGGAAAUGUACCAAAAAGCAUAUGGCCAUAUCAUAUUUCCUGUCCCUGGUCCAAAUCUGUGGCCAAGGACAAGAACUCAGGACAUAGAGCCUCCAGUUUUCAGAGACAAAGUUGAGAAGCAACAAACAAAGAGGAGGAAAAACCAAUUUGAGAAGCCAGCACCAAGAGAUACAUCUAGGAUGGCAUCCAUUACUUGUAGCAACUGCAAACUUGUAGGGCACAGAUACACUGUGUGCUCCAAGCCCUUGAUACCAGCUCUUGCUAUGAGACAAAACCAGCAUCAGCCAAACAGGUCACAUGCUUCUGCUUCAUCUACAGCUGCUGCACCAACAAGGAAGAGGCCAUCUCCAUGUACAGCAGAUGUUGGGACUGCUCCUCCCAGGAAGAAAGCUGCACCUGCUGCAACUACACCUAGUGCUCCUCCCAGGAAGAAAGCUGCACCUACUGCUAGUGCACCUACUGCUCCUCCCAGGAGGUCUCCCAGGAAGAAUGCUACCCCAGCACCUACUCCUCCUCCAAGGAGGUCUCCCAGGAAGAAAACUACCCCAGCUGGUGCAUCUUCUACAUCUGCUGCAGGCCAUAGGGGAACAUUUCAUGCUCCAAGAUAGACUGGAAGGAAGAGGACAGUUUCCUACAAGAUGAAAGGGUACCUUUAUGCUUCUGGUAACUAGAUGUUGCCUUUGUUGGCUGCUUGAAUUUGAUGCCCAUGUUGGUUGUUGAAUUUGAUGCCUUUGUUGGCUGUUAAACUAGAUGCCUUUGUUGGCUAUUCAAGUAGAUGCCUUUGUUGGCUGUUGAACUAGAUGCCUUUGUUGGCAGGUUUGAACCAGAUGUUGAACUAGAUGCC